GCUCUGCCUAGGCGGAAGUGUUAAGACUACGUGGGGAAGAAAGGUUGGUCCAAUAUGUGUUUGAGAAAUCGUAUUAUUACUGGCGGGUCAAUGAUUUAGAAACCCGCCGUUCAUGAGUGCCAGGGCCCCUUCCCACCCCUUUAGGCAAAUGUUGGCACACCGUGCGCACCGGGGCGAAUAAAUGGGAGGGACGGCGCGAGAUCUGUAAUGCUGCGCCGGUCGCGGGUGUAUCUCCGGCAGGUGGUGAAUCUGAUGGCCCAGAGACCGGGUCUGUUCUGUGGAGCCAUCCUGCUAAGCGUCCUCCUUAUAUUAGCGGUCAAAUUUACCUGCAGCCGGGCGAAGAAUGUGGUGGCCCAGGCGCCGGCCCCAGUGCGCUUCUUCGCGGCGGAGGCCCCGGUGGUGGACCUGUACCUGGGUCAGCUGGAGCAGGUGGAGCGGCUGAGGGCGAUCGCCGAGGUCUCGCUGGUCUUCUUCUACGCGCCGUGGUGCGCCCACUCUAUGAGCGCCCGCGACCAGCUCCAGCACGUGGCACAGCGCCUCGGGAAAGAGGUGCUGUUUGUGGCGGUGAACUGUUGGUGGAACCAGGGGAAGUGCCGACGACAGAAGAACUUCUACCAGUACCCCGUUAUCCACCUCUACUAUAGAAGGUUUGGGCCCAUUGAGUAUAAGGGCCCCUUCACUGCUCUCUAUGUGGAGAGGUUCAUCCAGAAGGUCAUCACCCCUCUAACGUAUCUCCCAUCCAGGGCCAUCCUCAAGGACUUCCUCUCCUACCACGAGCCAGGGGUGGUGGGGUUCUUUGAGUUCAACUCCUCUCCUCAGCCUCCCGGCUACAUCACCUUCCUCUCCUCGGCUCUACAAGCUCUCAAGAGAGAUUUUCAGGGGGUGGUGCGUUUUGGCGUGGUGACCAAUAGGAGGGUAGCGGAGGCCAUCUCUGUCCAGGAGGAUGAGACGGUGUAUCUGCACAGACACUUCAACUCCUCCCUGAUCUUCCCGCGCUGGGAGCGUAACUUCACGGCGGAGGGCAUCUGCGGCUGGGUGUUCCAGCACCGGGAGAGCGUGCUGCCCUGGGUGCCCUCGACCGGGGCCAAGAGCCGCGGCCUGGAGCAGGAGCUCCUCAAGGGGCCCGCCCUGCUGCUCUUCCUGCCACAUGACCCGCUGGCAGCCAAUCACCCGCUGCAGGAACAGAUUGCGGACAUUGCUGUGCGUUAUCACUCCUGUUGCGAGGACUCCAUCUCCCGGGACACUAAGGGCCGCCGCAGACUCCCCCGAGUCCCGCCUGGUCCGCUCUGCUGCAACACUCUGGUUCUGCCCGGCUGGAGCUCCGUGUCCGGUUCCGCCCAGAACGUCUGCGAGCUCUGCCUGAACCGCUCCGUUGGACCUGCGGCGUCUUCGGCUUCCCUGGACGGGACCGGGAUCGGGGACCGUGGCGGUUCCCGACGCUGCUCCGUCCUCGAGCUGGAGGCGGCGUUGGAGUCCUACCUGCGCCACCUUUCCGUUUCGGGGGGCCGCCUUACCCCCCACGCCCACACGCACUCGCCCCUGCUCCUCGCCCCCACCUGCAGCAAUGUCCGCAACACGUACAGCCCCUUCAGCCACUACAGUGCCUGCUGCCGCCCCUUGCUGUCUGAGGCGGGGAACCGCACAUGGCCUUCGGACGGGUCGGUAGGGCGGCCCUCCCCAAUCGAACUUCCCUCUUCCGCGCCCCCUCCCUUUGCCUUCGUGCCCAAGGCCGAUUGCCCGCUGGGCGAUGGAAUCGCGGGGCUUCGUUGUCGGACUAACAAGACGUUGCGGUUCUAUCUGCUAGACUCGCACCUGCACUGGGAGCUCGCUGCCCGGCUCGGUGCGAUUGGGAACCAAAACGCCAGCGAUCGGAUGUUCGUUGCGAUCGUCGAUCUCGAAGAUGAGACUCACUAUGUUCUGGAUCACAGAGGAGGCUUCACCGAGUCACUAGAACCCUUCAUCCAGAACUUCAGCACAUCUCACAGUCAUUUAAAGAGGCAUCUAGUGGGAGACAGAAGACCUCAACCCUCACAGUCCCUCAUCCAGGAAGUCACAACAGACACCUUCCUGGACACGGUGAUGGACCCCAAAAGGGACGUGUUACUCCUGUACUAUACCGACUGGUGUGGUUUCUGCUCCGUGUUGAACCACGUCCUCAUCAAGCUGGCCAGACUGCUCCAGAACAACAGCAGGCUGACCGUGGCCAGGGUGAACGUUGCCAGUAACGACCUGCCCUGGGAAUUUAUGGUGGACCACUUUCCAACCAUCCUGCUCUUCCCUAGACACAGGAAGCAACUGAGUGUGAAGUUCCCCGACGACUCCCGCUUCACGCUCCCCAACCUGCUCCGCUUCGUCCUGGCGCACACCAGCGACGACCCUCGCCCUGCGAAACCCACCCCCCGCUCAUCUUCAUCAUCCUCUUCCUCCUCAUCUUCCUCCUCCCCUGUCGGAGGCGGCAGUGGAGCUCGCUCGCUCCUGGAGGUGGAGCUGCGCGCGCUGCGCGGCGAGGUGCGGACGCUGCACCGGGCGCGCGGGCGCCUCUCGCAGCAGCUGGCGGGCGUGUGGCGCGAGCGGCGGGCGCUGGAGCUGCAGGCCCGCGCCCUGGCGACCGAGAACGGCGAGCUGCGGCAGCGCGGCGACCUGCUGGAGGAGCUGCGGCGGGAGAAGAGCCGGGAGCUGGGCGAGGCCGUGCGCCGCCUGCAGGACCUGGCCGACGCCUCCCAGGGGGUGCUGGCCGAGGACACCGUGCUCAAGGUGCUCCUCGCUGCCCUGAAGGAGAAAGGAGGAGGAGGAGGAAGAGUAGGAGGAGGGAGAGAGGCAGAGGAGAGGGCAGAGAUUGGGAACCAAGAGGUUUCGUGACAAAGAGGAGGAUGAUGAUGACGACGAUGAGGAAGAGGGAGGAAGAUGAUGGGGUCCUGGUGGAGUGAGCGAACACCGUUGCUGUUGUGGUGACUGGUCGAGACGACAAAAGGAAGACAAACCAACAAAGAGGCAACUGAGGUGCAGUAAAGAUGAGCUACUUUGCCACCUAGUGGAAGACUAGGGUACAACAUCAGCUCGACCGCGGAGAGCCAGAUGAACUAGUAAAAGUCAGAUGCCCAGGCGAGGACCUUGAGACUAAACAUGGCAAGAACAGCUCAGAUCCUCAAGGCCCACUUUAAACUUCUUGAAGUAGUUGAUUAUUCAUAAUUCGCCGCCCCGUUCUCCAUGGCCUUAAUCACUGGAGUAGAACAGCAUUCCGUCUAAGGAAUCAUUGAGAACUAUAAACGUACAAGGGCCCCUCAGACCCUUCAGCCAUUGUGACAUCAUUACCUGAGUCAGUACGGGGUUCUGAGGAGAUAGGGCUGUCAACCCAGAUGGACAGCAUCCACCCCACCCCCGCCCUUAAAAGAACUUGAGACUUUUCUAGAACAUAUUCCAUCUUGAAACACUGAAGCUAUAUAUCAGUAUGUUUUCGAGGGGGAUGUCAUUGAUUGGUCAUUAGUGAAGGCAACAUUAGUUUUUCUUUAUUUUUUUUAUUUUUUUUUAUUUUCGUUUUGUUUUGAUUUUCAGUUCGCCAGACCAUAUUGUUUUUGUGGUGUUUGUUGAGAAAAAAAAGUUAUCUAUUUUUACACGGAUCCUCAAAUCACUAAAAAAAAUAAAAAUGAAUGAGAGCAUCUAUUCUUAUGUAAGUAUUCAGGUAUGGAAAGCAAACUGCUGCAUCUGUUUACAUGGGUGUGUGUGAUGUACAGAUUUCUACUGAUUAAAACCUGUUUAAUUUAACUUA